AGCACAACAACUUCUCUUCUUCGUUUCAAAUAUGGGGAAAAUGGCCUCUCUUGUUGCUACUCUUUUAGUUGUUUUAGUGUCACUUAGCUUAGCUUCCGAAAGCUCAGCUAAUUAUCAAUACUCAUCUCCCCCACCACCAAAGAGGCCAUACCACCCUUCACCAACACCUUAUCAUCCCGCACCAGUUUACAAAUCACCACCACCACCAACUCCAGUUUACAAGUCACCACCACCACCCGAGGAGCCAUACUAUCCUCCACACACCCCAGUUUACAAGUCUCCACCUCCCCCGACUCCGGUUUACAAGUCACCACCACCACUGGUGAAGCCAUACCAUCCUGCACCAGUUUAUAAGUCACCACCGCCCCCUACACUUGUUUACAAGUCACCACCACCACUAGUGAAGCCAUACCAUCCUGCACCAGUAUACAAGUCCCCGCCACCACCAACUCCAGUUUACAAGUCACCGCCACCCCCAACACCUGUUUACAAGUCACCACCACCACUAGUGAAGCCAUACCAUCCUGCACCAGUAUACAAGUCUCCACCUCCACCGACUCCAGUUUACAAGUCACCACCACCCCCAACAUCUGUUUACAAGUCACCACCACCACCAGUGAAGCCAUACCAUCCUGCACCAGUAUACAAGUCUCCACCUCCACCGACUCCAGUUUACAAGUCACCACCACCCCCAACAUCUGUUUACAAGUCACCACCACCACCAGUGAAGCCAUACCAUCCUGCACCAGUAUACAAGUCUCCACCUCCACCGACUCCAGUUUACAAGUCACCACCACCCCCAACAUCUGUUUACAAGUCACCACCACCACCAGUGAAGCCAUACCAUCCUGCACCAGUAUACAAGUCUCCACCUCCACCGACUCCAGUUUACAAGUCACCACCACCCCCAACAUCUGUUUACAAGUCACCACCACCACCAGUGAAGCCAUACCAUCCUGCACCAGUAUACAAGUCUCCACCACCCCCAACUCCCGUUUACAAGUCUCCACCACCCCACUAUAUUUACUCCUCUCCCCCUCCUCCCCACCAUUACUAAGAAGUGACUUCAUUAUCUAUGAGGAACAGCAAAUGUUGAGCUGAAAGGAAGGCAUUUUUCCAUUUUCCAUUAAAUUAUAGUAAACAAUAAGCCCCACAGAAAGCGAAGUUCUUUUGUAGCUCCAUGUUAUCUAAGUUAGUGAUAUUGUUUUUGUACUCUAUUA